UGAAUCUGGUCGUCUGACGACGGACGAUAACAUGAACCAGCCAAGUCAAAUCCAAAUUCCUAAUCGACUAUUCUAUUCCUUCAAUUCUAAAAAUGGCUGACAACGAGGAGUUGGUUCGAGCUCUCAAAGAUCUGCCCUUGAAAAUACAGACAGCAAGUAAAACUGAAAGGAAAGCAGUUGUAGAAAAUGUCAUCAAAGUGUUGUCGAAAUCAGGUAUUGUGGAGCCAGUGGUGCGUGGACUGUGUAAGGUGGUCCAACUAACGUUACUACGCUACCGAGACAGCUGGUCCAGGGCACUGAUCCGAGACUUGGUGAGCAGUCUGGCCUCACACUACCCGGACUGGACCAUCAGACACCUGGUUCCUGUACUAGUGGACAUCGGAGCUGUCUACUGUGUGCUGGUCCCGACGAAGAGCACAGCAGAGACAGGACUGAUAGCACUGUACUGGUCGACAUUACUUGUGGAACAUGGGCUGGCCAAGUGCACCGACAGCGGCAAAGCGCACUUCCAACAGUUGGUGGAGGCUCAGUCCGUCCUGUUCUCAGCCAUCAUUGCUGCCAACAUCGCCAAGAAGACAGAGAAGGCCUAUCAGCUGCUGGGAGGUCCCUGGAAGAGAUACCAGGAGUUGUACAGUAAUGCCGUGCCCUCGCUACCCCAGACUGUCCACACGGUGGUGUUCGGGGCAUAUUACAUUCGCCAUCUGAUCGAGUCCAAGAAUCAAGAUGUUGUGGACAAACUCAAGGGAGGUCUCCUGGACACAUUCAUCAAGGUGGCAGUGAGCUGCAAGGUGCAGCCACCCAUCUAUGUGAUCAAGGAGGCGAGGGCACUGCUGACUCGAGUGACACACGAUGAGUUCCGCAGCCAGCUGUUGCCCGCAAUCCAGAAGGCGAUGCUGCGGAACCCGGAGAUCAUCCUGCCCUGCCUCGGCCACAUCCUGGCGGGCCUAUCUCUCGACCUGAGUCAGUACGCCCUGGACAUCGCCAAAACCAUUACCGUGAACCUGUACGCCAAGGAUGACGCGGCGAGGGAACAAGCGUGCCAGGCCUGCCGCAGUCUGGCGGCGCAGUGCAGCGAUGCGUCAGCGCUGGAGGCCUCUCUCAACCAUCUGUUUGAGGUCUUCCACGGCUCAGCUGGCAAACUGACCGUGGCCACCCACAAGAUGAGUGUGUUGCAGGGAGCGGGCAACCUGAGUUACAAUGCAGUCACAGGCAGCAGUGUGCAGAUAUUGGCCAUCUCCGCUGCCGAACAUUUCAUCAAAGUUCUGGAAAUUGAAGCUCAUGAGAAGACAUUAAUCCAAGCACUCGAGAUGUGGUCACUGUGGUGUGCCAAAUUCACAAAUCAAACCCCACCAAAAGUUAUCAGCUGGUUAUCGAAAGGCAUUGGACUGAAGACAUCAACUUCAGGGGUGAGGACAGCCUAUAUAGAAUGUAUGGCGGCUUGCUUCCACGGUACAACACUUCCGCAAGGUUUGGAACUGGUACCCCUGCUCUUGAAAAGCGUGGAAAAGGCUGUACAACAACCCACUCAAGUGCCAGUUGUCACGGAGGGACUGAGUGCGGUAUGCCUACUGCUGAAGCUGGCUACCGUGGAGACUGGAGACACUAAACUGUCCCCGCUCUGGUCAGCUGUGCUCGACAUGGACAAGCAGACUUUUGUCUCGGAAAAGUUCCUCACACAAGCGUCGGACGAAGGCUUGUGGCACGUUAUGCAGUUGUGUGAGAGGCUACUGGUGGACCACUGCGACAAGCUGGCGGUCUCAGGUGCCGGUCCGCUGCACCGUGCCGUGCUGCACUGCUGUGCUUCGCCCAGCGCCGGACUGCGCCAGCGGUGUCGACCCGUGCUGCGCCGACUGGUGUCCUCGCUGGGCGGUACUCACACGGCACGUCACUUGCUCCAGGAACUCAACAAGUACCUGGACACCGUCAAGAUACUGACUGGAGAAAACGACAAAGAAGCCAAAGAAGGAGGAGAACCACCCCCCUCAGGGGAGGUGUCGUCCAAGAUCCUGUCAGACAUAGUGGUCACCCUCUGUUCCGGCUCUAACCUGACAGUGGAAGACAGACAGCUGCUGGCCCUGGACGCUCUGCUGCCCAGCCACCACCCUGCUGUCUUGAGUGCGGCACCAGACCUGUGGGUGAAGAUGGUGAAGUAUUUCAAACUGGACAUCUACCACUUCAUUGAAGAUUUCAGCCAACAGUUCAUCAAAAUCGCCAUUGACGACUUCAAAGUUACCCCUAGCUAUGAGAACGCAGUCAAGACCCUCGUACAAGCCAAUCCGGAGGUGAUGCUGCAACCGCUAAUAUCCCGGACACAGGCGGCUCUCACCGACCCAAACCUGCUGAGGGUGUCCCAAGACGACUACUUCAUCUACCUGACCCCGGCCGGCCAACUGUACGACAAGUCCGUCAUCUCUGGGAAAGAGAACGAGUCAGUGCUGAAUGCGAAAAACAUGAAGCGAGAGAGCAAGGUGUACUCUUAUAAAGAGCAGCAGGAGGAGCUGGCUCUCAGGAGAGAACUGGAGGAGAAGCGGCGACGAGAGGGGGCAAGGGGAAGGAGCCGGAGCUCACUCCCAAACAGAAGGAAGCUCUCCGCAUGCAGCUGGACAAGGAGGCGGCCAUUAGAGACUCCCUCACUGCGGUAA